AUGGUUCAGUUCUCCGAGGAAACCAAGGAACGCAUUUCCAAGGUCAUCGAUAUCUCCAGGGUUGCUAUUCACUAUGGAUAUCUGCCUCUGAUUGUCUACCUCGGCUACACGUAUAGCGAGCCCCGACCUUCCCUGUUCAAGCUGUUCUCCCCUCUCGCAUAA